AUCUCAUUGAAAGCACACAAACACAUAUACAACUACAACAUUACCAAUAGGCAGAAGAAGUAUUGACAAUGGAAAUUCUCUAUGCCUCUCUCAUUGGGUUCUUUCUUCUUCUUGUCAUCUACCUCUUCUACAACCACAAAUCGAGUGAAAAUGCAAACCUUCCACCUGGGAAAACCGGAUUUCCAGUGAUUGGGGAAACCCUUGAAUUCCUCUACGCCGGGUGGAAAGGUCACUCCGAGAAAUUCAUAUCUGAUCGCAUAGCCAAGUACUCCUCCAACAUUUUCAAAACAAGCCUUUUUGGCUCACCAUUUGUUGUUUUCUGCGGAGUGAACGGACACCGAUUCUUAUUCUCCAACGAGAACAAACUUGUCCGGGUAUGGUUUCCCCGUUCCAUACACACAAUUUUUCUACAGUCCACAGAAACCUUCUCCACUGAAGAAGCCAUCAACGGCAGAAAACUUAUUCGAAACUUGAUCAAACCGGUGGGGUUGCAAAGCCACAUCGGUUUAAUGGAUACCGUCGCCCACUGCUACUUUGCUAACUACUGGGAAAACAAGGACAUGGUUCUAGUUUUUCCACUCGCCAAACACUACACUUUUUUGCUUGCCUGUCGCUUGUUGAUGAGCAUCGAGGAUCCAAACCUUGUUGCUAUACUCGAAAAUCCUCUCGGGUUUGUGUUAAAGGGGGCAUUUUCUGUCCCCAUAGACUUACCCGGAACCCCAUUAAAUCGUGCCAUCAAGGCUUCUUCUUUUAUUCAGAAGGAACUUUUGGUGAUUAUCAGGCAAAGGAAGAUAGAUUUGGCUAAGGGAAUGGCAUCGCCGACUCAGGAUAUUUUGUCGCAUAUGCUUUUGACAAGCGAUGACAACGGAAACUUCAUGCAUGAGGCGGAUAUUGCCAAUAAAAUAUUUGGAUUGUUAGUUGGCAGCCAUGACAACAUUGCCUCUGUUUGUACUUCUGUUGUCAAGUACCUUGCUGAGCUGCCUGAGAUCUACCUAGGAGUUUUCCAAGAGCAACUGGGGAUUGCGAAAUCAAAAGCUCCUGGUGAAUUGUUGAACUGGGAGGAUAUUCAAAAGAUGAAAUAUUCAUGGAAUGUAGCUUGUGAAGUGAUGAGACUUGAAUCACCUAGCCCAGGUACUUUCAGGGAAGCAUUAACAGAUUUCACGUACAAUGGUUUCUCAAUUCCAAAGGGAUGCAAGAUAUAUUGGAACGCACGAUCGACACAUAGGAAUCACGAAUUCUUUCCCGAGCCACAGAAGUUUGACCCAUCGCGAUUUGAGGGCUCCGGACCACCUCCUUACGCAUAUGCACCUUUUGGCGGAGGACCUAGGAUGUGCCCUGGAAAAGAAUUCGCCCGGUUAGACAUACUUGUUUUCAUGCACCACCUUGUCAAGAGGUUUAGGUGGGAAAAACUCAUUCCUGGCGAGAAGACUGUUUAUACUCCCCUAGCUAAUCCUGAAAAAGGGCUUCCAAUUCGCCUCUUUCCCCACGAAGCCUAGUUCUGUUACUAUUGGAAGCUUGAUUUAUAAGUAUGGUGUGUAUUUAUGUUGGAGUCAGAGUGGGAACAGUUGAGAGCAUACAGAUUAAUUGGGGGUUGGAAAUGUGAGUGAUUUAGAUAAUGUGAGGAGUGAAAUUAAUUGGGUGUCAGUACUGUAAUGUAAUAUUUUGUGCCAGUGUAAAAUAAAUUGUGCUUGAGUUU